AUGGUUUUAUCUGCCCCAGUUAUAGCCCUGGGGGCUACCUUAGGGACUGCAACUAGCAUCCUUGCCCUCUGCGGUCUCACCUGCUUCUGCAAAUGCAAGCAACCUGGGAAAGGACUCUCAGAAAAGGACCAAGAGGAGGACACGGAAAAUACUAAGCCCAGUGUGCUUCAGCCAGUCCAGCAAUUCAACGUUAAGAAAACUGCAGAGCCAGUCCAGCCUCGAGCACUGCUGAAGUUUCCCAACAUUUAUGGCCCCAAACCAGUAGUAACUUCACCUGAAAUUGUUAACUACACGCAGUACUCUCUGAAGACAACAGAAGAACCGGCUACUGGAAAACAUACUGGUUUGGAUGAGAACAGGAUGAAGAUACAAGUCAAUGAAGAGCUGUUUGUUCUCCCUCAAAACGGUGUGGUAAAGGACGUGUGUGUCACAGAACACUUGAACCCCGAGAGGGCAGCCAGCUGUAACCAGGCCCCUGAGCUGCGCUACUCCCUUGCGUAUGAUCAACAAAAAGCCGAGCUGUGUGUGGCCCUUCUGGAAGCUAUGCAUGGCAGAAUGAGUGGGGACCAAGACGCUAGCUGCCAUUGCUACAUACUGGGCACCCUGGUGAGCAAGUCUGGCAUUGCUGAGGCCCAGACAGAGCUGAAGAAGAAGGUACUUCACACCCUCUGGGAGGAGGUCCUGCGAUUCCCAUUAACUGAGGAGGAGAGGCCAGAGGGGACAUUGACUCUCACCCUGAGAAACUGCGACAAGUUCUCCAGACACAGCAUUGUGGGGGAACUCAAACUGAGCCUUGCUAACAUAGAGUCCUUUGGGAUAGCCCAGUGGGAAAGGCUAAAGACCCCAGAGAAGGAGCCAUCUACGGGCCACGGGGAAGUUCUGCUCUCUAUCAGCUACCUGCCAGCAGCUAACCGCCUGCUGGUGGUGAUUAUUAAGGCUAAAAAUCUCCAUUCCAAGCAGCUGAAAGACCUACUUGGCAAUGAUGUUUCUGUCAAGGUGACACUGAGGCAUCAGUCCUUGAAGCUGAAGAAGAAGCAGACCAAGCGUGCAAAACACAGGAUCAACCCUGUGUGGAAUGAGAUGAUCAUGUUUGAGGUGCCUCAUGAGCUCCUGCGUGCCUCCAGCGUGGAGCUGGAAAUGCUGAGCCAGGAUGGUGCUGGGCAGAGCUAUGUCCUUGGCAAGUGCAGCCUGGGCUUACACCUCAUGGGCACAGAGAGGAACCACUGGGAAGAAAUGCUGAGGAACCCCAGAAGACAGAUAGCCAUGUGGCACCAGCUCCAUACGUAGGCUCAUCAUGAUUUCUGCCACACAGAUUUCCACCAGGCCUUGGAGCCUGUGGGAAUAAGCUGCAUUUCACCUUCCACCUUCCCCUCCACAAAGCUGCUUGGCACAACAUUCUUCUUACACCACCUUCUAUGAUUUUCUUGCCUCAUCCUAGCCCAGGAAACUGUCUGGAAAAUGUAU